CCAGGCUUGGGGACCCGGUACCGGGAACCGAAAGUGAAACCCCAGGCUCUGGGGCGGGGGACUGAGGCAGAAAGGAGAGGGAUAAAGGGGACAGGGGACCCAGAGCAGGCGCUGGGUCACCCGGGCACUCUGCUCAGCCCCCAGACCGUGCGGCUAGGUCCGCUCCAGCCCCAUCCUCGGAGUCCGUGCUGCAAGCAGGCCCCAACAUGCAGCUCCCUGCCCUGAGGCCCUGGGCUCCCCUCCUCCUGACUGACCUGAUGCUGCUUAGGUUGUUGCAGGGGCUGCUGGGAGCCCUGUUCCCUCCAGGGCUCCUUGGCCUUUGGCUGGAGGGGGCUUUUCGCAUAGGGGUCCUGUGGGGGGUGCUGAGUUUACUGGGGGGUCUUGGGAAGGUGGGGGAACUACUGCCCGCCUUGUGCCUGAGCACGCCCCUGUUCCUGUCCCUCAGGGCCCUGGUUCCAGGGGCCUUGAAUGCCCCCCCUGUGCUCCUAGCUUCAGCCCCGUGGGCCUGGAUGCUGGUAGCUUACGGAGGAGGGGGACUGGGCUGGGCUGUGUGGGAGGUGCUGAGCCCCUCAGAAGCCCCUCCCUCAGCGCAGGAGAAGAAGCAAGGCCAGGAGAACAGAGCCAUGAUGUGGAGGCUGCUGAGACUGUCCUGGCCUGACUUCCCCUUCCUUGCUGCUGCUUUCUUCUUCUUGGCUGCUGCAGUCCUAGGUGAGAUGUUCAUCCCCCACUACACUGGUCGUGUGAUUGACAUCCUGGGCCAGGACUUUGACCCUGAUGCCUUUGUCACUGCCAUCUUCUUCAUGUGCCUCUUCUCCCUUGGAAGCUCAUUAUCUGCUGGCUGCAGAGGAGGUCUCUUCACCCUCAUCCUCUCCAGAAUCAACCUGCGCAUUCGGCGUCUGCUCUUUUCCUCCCUGCUCCACCAGGACCUUGGCUUCUUCCAGGAGACCAAGACAGGGGAGUUAAACUCACGCCUGUCUUCAGACACCUCCUUGAUGAGCCGCUGGCUCCCUUUAAAUGCCAAUGUGUUCCUGAGGAGCCUGGUGAAGGUCAUAGGGCUGUAUGGUUUCAUGUUCAGUCUCUCACCUCGCCUCACCCUCCUCUCCCUGCUUGAAGUGCCCCUCUCAAUGGCUGCUGAGAAAGUCUACAAUGGCAGACAUCAGGCAGUCCUGCAGCAGAUCCAGGAUGCAGUGGCACAGGCUGCCCAGGUGGUGCGGGAGGCCGUGGGGAGCCUGAAAACUGUGAGGAGUUUUGGAGCAGAGGAGGAUGAGGCCCGGCGCUAUGAGGAGGCCUUGGAGCAUAAGCGUCAGCUAGAGUGGCGCCGGGACUGGGAGAGGGCUGUGUAUCUGCUCUUCAGGAGGGGACUUCAGCUGGGGAUGCAAGUGUUAAUGCUGAACUGUGGGCUAAGGCAGAUCUUGGCUGGGGAGCUCUCCAGAGGAGGGCUCCUCUCAUUCCUUCUCUAUCAGGGGGAUGUGGGGAGUUAUGUGCAGACUCUAGUGUACAUCUGUGGGGACAUGGUGAGCAAUGUGGGUGCUGCAGAGAAAGUUUUUCGAUACCUGGACCGUGAGCCACAGAUGCCUCCUCCUGGAACAUUGGCCCCUCCUUCACUGCAGGGCCUUGUGGAAUUCCAGGAUGUCUCCUUUGCCUAUCCCACCCACCCAGCCAAGCCUGUCCUCAAGGGAGUGACAUUCACUCUGCACCCUGGGAAGGUGACAGCCCUGGUGGGGCCCAAUGGGGCUGGGAAGAGCUCAGUGGCUGCACUGCUGCAGAAUCUGUAUCAGCCCACAAGGGGGCAGCUGCUGCUGGAUGGGGAGCCACUGCCCCAGUACCAGCACCAGUACCUGCACUCACAGGUGUCUGUGGUUGGGCAGGAGCCUGUGCUGUUCUCAGGGUCUGUGAGGGACAACAUUGCCUAUGGACUGCAGAGCUGUGGGGAUGAUGAGGUGAGGGCUGCUGCCCAGGCAGCCCGUGCUGAUGGAUUCAUUGCCAGUCUGGAGCAUGGGCUGGACACAGCUGUUGGAGAGAAGGGGAGCCAGUUGUCUGCAGGACAGAAGCAGUGUCUGGCCAUUGCUCGGGCCCUGGUGCGGAAUCCCCGUGUCCUCAUCCUGGAUGAGGCCACUAGUGCCCUGGACAUGGAGUGUGAGCAGGAGCUUCAGGAGAGGAUGCUGCAGGGGGGUCGGACAGUGCUGGUGAUCGCACACCGCCUGCAGACAGUGAAGGCUGCUGACCAUAUCCUGGUGCUGGAGCAAGGGAAGGUGGUGGAGCAGGGGACCCACACUGAGCUCCUGGCCCAGAGAGGCCUCUAUCACCGCCUGGUGCAGAGACAGCUUGAAGACUGAGUCCCUGGAGGCAGGAUGGGGGUGGAGCUUUAUACAGGGUUUGGGUUGGGGUCUGAGUCUCUAGGAUCCAGGGCAAUCCCUCCUCUGAGUGCCCCUAGCCUGGGCUCCUGCACAAUAUCCACUGUAGCUGGGGACAUGAUGGGGCCUCGGACAGGAGGUACCCCCAGGGACAUCCCUUUCAAGGGACUCUGUUGUUUUCCUGCUUGUGUUCAGAGCCCUGUCUACCUGUGUCUGGGCAUGCAAGUCAAUAAAUAAUUUUUCUAAGAAUGGA